GGUUUUUUCGGCCCCUACCGACUUCCCGUAAAACUGUAGAAUUGUCGACUGGCGAGCACGAGGCUGAGAUUAGAAUCCCCUUGAGAUGGCUCGACUGACGGCUUUGAGCAUGGCGGUGUUGCUCCACUCCGUGCUGGGCGUUUCGUACUACUACUACUUCCGCGAAUCGCCCGGCUCCGCUGCUCCUCUCCUGGGCGCCUGGCUCUUCUCGGCCUGCGUGGUUGCCCUGCUGCAGGCGAUAAGGAUAUUUCCCAGUGCCCUUCCCGCCGCCGAUCACGGGCGGUUCAGACAUUAUCGAGGCAAUAACAAUCAGGCGGCAUCCUCCUGGGCAGCGCUCCUCCUGGAAACGGGCAUUUGCUGCCUGGUUCUCGAUGUCACCCUGACCAAGUUGUGGCAUCGCAUCGAGUCCCUUUGCCAGUGCGCCAUUGUGGGCGUCCUUCAAGCUUUGGCGGUGGAGGAGCAAACCUUCCUGGCCUGCGAGUACUGGUCCUUGGCCCUGACCACCGGCCUGAUCGGCGCCUGUCUCCUGUGGCUCACCCUCUGGGCCACCGCGCUGCCCCGGAAGCUCCAUUGCGGCCUGCUCGACUGCCGGCGCUCCCUGCAUCGCCACUGCUCCUCGCUGAUCUUCGGGCCGCUCGAGCCGGGAACUCCUAUUCCGACACAGGUGCAGGAAAGCGCCCAGAGCUUCGCCAACUGACCAUCCAUCCACCGCCAAAAACCAAAUUAUCAGUUCAACUUAAGAGUCAAUACCUAAAUUUAUGGGUUAAGUAA